GACUUUAGGUUUCAGUUUAUGAACUCAAUUAAGGUUUUGGAGAAACCGUUGAAUUUGAAUUACAUUCACUUUAGAGGGGAUAACCGAACGAUACUGGAUGGGACGUUGGUGUUUGAUUCCGCGAACAAGGUGUCAGCCAAUCACGUGUUGGGUUCGAGAGGUUGUAAAUUAAAGUAUAGUUAUGUUCAUGAAGGACUCACUACUUUCGAGCCGAGCUAUGAUACGACAAAGAAUUCUUGGGAUUUUGCAGUGUCACAUAAAGUUUAUGGGAAUGAUGUGUGUAGGGCUACAUAUCAGACGACGAGUAAGAAUUUGGGGCUUGAAUGGUCAAGGAGUUCUAAGCUAAAUGGAUCUUUUAAGGUUUCUGCAUCUGUCUGUUUGGCUGAUGAAGAACUUAAAUUGCCAAAGCUAACAGCUGAGACUUCGUGGGACUUUGACAUAUGAUUCUUUCUGUAUUUUCCUUAUGCAAAUAUUCAAACAUGAUACUAUUUCUGGCCACCAAUUGUAAUUGACUUACAUGAUGAUUUCCAUAUAGUGGUUUGUAUUCACUAGUGACCUGUUUAGUUUCUCCAUGACAACUCAAAAAUUACUCAUACAUCUGCCAGUACACUAUAUAUCAGAAAUUCAAAAUUCUUCGAUGUUUUAA